ACUGAACCUGAAACGGGUCAUCAUCGAAAAUCAUACGUCGUCGGAUCGGAGUUGUGUGAGGAAAAAAUUUGGUCCCGAGAAAAAUAAUGUUUUAACCUGGACGGCCUAGCGCGAGUGCUUUCGUUUCGGAUUUCCCGUGCGCUGACGGUCGAGUGGUACACGUUUCCACACUGGUUCGGUGUCCCUGGACAUCGCCCUGGGCGCAGAUAAUUACGGAAGUUUGGCGGAUGGUGAAAACGCUGUGUGAAGAAAAAAUCUGCUACCUUCUUAUUUGCUAAGAGCAGUGCUGGUGUUACUACUACUUUUUUUCUUUCUCGGUGGCUAACUCCCCGCCCACCUUCCUGCACCUUCUCGUGCAUUUUUGUGACCACUCCGUGCCUGCUCUGGAAUAUUGUUUCGGUGGAAGUGCUGCUUUCGCUAUUCUUUCGGAUGUUUUAAAAAAGGUACUCAGGUGGAAUCCAGCAGUAUCCGGAGCACUAGAGUUAAGUGACGGGGUGUUUCCCUAUAGGGGAAAGAGCUCAUGUGGCCCGUGGGGGAAGGGGAUUACUGAUUCGAUCGGGUGCGUCAUCAUAUUGAUCUUGGUGGACGGAAACCAAAGAAACACCCGGAAUUAUAUACGUGUUCCCUGGAAUUCAGUAUUAGGUACGGAAAUCAAGGGUCUCGUUCCGGAAGAAUUCGUAGAAUAAAAAAUAAACAUCAUCCCUGAGGAAAGAAUCGGUUCAUGAUGGAAAUCUUAUCGACGUCGUCACAGCUCAACGGAGUAACCGGAAUGGUUACUUCGGCUACCGGAGGAACCACAAUGACGAGCAGCAAAAAGAAAGAUAUCGACCCCAAGGAGAAUCUUUGGUCCGCCAUCCUUAGCGAAGUACAAACCCAGAGCAGUACCAAACUCCCGUCGAACAAAUCGGUCCUGGUGCUCGGCGACAAUGCCAGCGGCAAAACCACACUCAUCGCCAAACUGCAGGGCGUCGAAGAUCCGAAGAAGGGUUCCGGCCUCGAGUACGCGUACAUCGAUGUGCGGGACGAGUAUAGAGAUGAUGUCACCCGACUGGGCGUGUGGAUACUGGACGGUGAUCCCGGCCACAACAACCUGUUCAAGUACGCGCUGAACGAAUCGAACUACGCACACACCCUUGUCAUACUCACGCUCUCGAUGACGACGCCUUGGAGCUGGGUGGACCAGCUGCAGCACUGGAUCAAGAUACUGGAGGAUCACAUAGCGGGACUGAAAAUUGAUUCCGAAGAAAAACAGCAGUGCUGCCAGCGGCUGGAAACCGUGUGGCAGAGCUACUGCGACACGAUCGAUGAGCUGGACCCGGGCUCGCCGAUCAAGGCCCGCACCAAUCGCCUCUCGUCGGUGGACGACGACCUGGACGCACUUCCGCUUCCCGAAGGUGUACUAACGACCAAUUUGGGCUUAGAUGUAGUAGUUGUUGUAACGAAAACUGACUAUAUGACCACCCUGGAGAAGGAACUCGACUACCGGGAUGAGCACUUCGACUUUAUGCAACAAUGGAUUCGCCGGUUCUGUCUCGUCUACGGAGCCUCCCUGUUCUAUACCAGCGUCAAGGAGGACAAAAAUUGCGACCUGCUUUACAAAUACCUAACGCAUCGCAUCUACGGGCUGCCGUUCCGGACACCGGCGCUGAUUGUUGAGAAGGAUGCCGUUUUAAUACCCGCCGGCUGGGACAAUAUGAAAAAGAUUAGUAUAUUAUACGAAAAUAUGCAAUCCUGCAAGCCAGACGACUACUACAACGAUAUUAUUGCACAACCGCCUUCGAGAAAGACUGUUUCCAAUCGCGAGAUUGAAAUCCAGACCGAAGAAGAGCAAGCGUUCCUGACACGGCAACUGCAGCUGUUGCAACAGGGUCAAACACCGACCCGCGGUGAGUCCCCGAUGCGUUCCCAGCCGGGUGGAGGCAGUGCCGGGAAACCCUCACCUCGAACGCCCGGCUCGGUCGGUGCCCAGGGUUCGCCCAAGAAGCCACAAGAUGUCAAACCAAAUCUGGGGACGCCCGGUGGCGAAGGUGUGUUGGCCAACUUCUUCAACUCUUUGCUGCAUAAAAAAUCCGGAUCCCCCGGUGGGACCCCCGGUAUGCCGGGAACGGGCGGCUCGCCGCGAACCACGAACGGCGGUGAUCUGGUGGUGUCACCCAGCGACAAGAUUGCAAUGCGAACCGAUGCGGCCAUGGAACUGGACCGCCUGACGCGUAGCGUCAAAAAGGAUCUGGACUUUUCGGCUCAGUCGGACUGUUAAAAUUAUGUGGAUAUGCUACUCCGCCGGGGAAAGAGGGAUCGAGGUAGUUGGAUUUUUCACUAGCUUGUUUUUCUUCUAUGGAAAAACCAAAGCUGUGUUGGUAGAAGGAAAACUUGAAUUCUUUUUUUUCCCCGGGACUUAAAACCAACAAGAAAAGUGGAAACUGGGCACAGAGGGAAGAUGAAGACGUAUUUUGUGAAGCACCUCGUGUGAUAUGGCUUACGUGCUCCGUUAUAUUCUACCGCAAAGCUCUAGUGAUGGCAUGAGAGACGAAAAAUAUUUUUCCUCCUGGAUGUGCGUGUUAAGUUAGUGUGUUAAUGUGCAACCGAAACCAGCAACAUUUUGUUGUGAGCGAGAUAGAGUUGGAGUGCGUAUGCAGGAUUGACAGAUAUUGGACACGUUGCAGCGGUGGAAACAUGCUUAUUGAACCACUUUUAGUAGAUAGGUACAGAGAGAAAGAUACUAGAGAGAUUAAGUUGAAUAGAUGAGGUCUAAUAAAUAAAAAAAACAUUUGAAAGCACUCUUUCUGCACUCGCUUUUGGUAGAAAUUUAUAUUACAAAUGAAUCGAAUUUAUUUUUUAUAUUUUAAAUUCCUUUGCCUGCAUAACCAUCAAAAAGUUUUAUAUUAUUUUUAUAUUUUCAAAUUAUCAAUACCGCUUUCAAACAUAUUCCAUAGAAAUAACAUAAUUUAUUGUCCCAUAGAGCAAUUUUUUGCAAUGCGUCACGCAAAAAGCGCUCGAGAAAAUUAACUUCGUGUUUACUAAAACCGAAGCUACUUACUUGGCAAAAUAAAAAUAAAUUUUUGCCAACAAAAAAAUGCGCUCAAGUUUCCUAACGACUUGGAUGGUUCAUACUUUUUUUCAUUUCCUAAUUGUAGCAUUGCUGUUUCAGAUUCGUGUUACCAAAAUCGCGAGUGGCAGGGAGAGUUUAUAGAAGGUUAAGCAUUAACUCUAUAACAUGCGUAACGCAGAUGAGCGAUAGAGGAAAAUUCAUGAGAAAAAAAAAAAACUUUACUAAUAAUUAAAUUAACUUAUAUCUUAUUGAUAAUAAUUUGCAGCUUAGAGAUGAUAGAUGCGAAAAAUUACAAUAAACGAAGAAUAUAACUUAUAAACAAGCAAACAUUUACCCAUUGUAAUUCCUCAUUGAAACUCUUGGGACAAAUUAGAAGCAAAACGCUUUCAAAGAAGCAAAAGUAAGACAACACACAACACUCAUACAUAACACAAAACAAAACAACUACAUUCACAAGCUACAAUGAAACAAAAAAAAUGUAACUCAACAUAAACUUGCGCGAACAAGCAUAGCGAAUUCAUCAUUUCUAAAAGCGCUUUCCGUGUGUGAGUUGGAAAAACUUUUUUUUUUCUCCAAAAGACAACAGUUUAUUGUGGUUCAUAUCCCAAAUCAACUGCAACCUGUUUACGAAUCGGUGAGCUUUGAAAUAUGACCUUAAAAUUUGAUUAAUCUUGAAUAAUUAUGCUUACACAAAAUAAUGAAAGUCAGGCAAUCAUUUAGAAACAAAAUCUACUUCGAAUAUUUUCAACGAUAUGGGAACAAUUGGAACGAAUAUAUAGUUCGUACCUAAACCAUGCUCUUACGACCACAUGAAGGAAUUCGAUUCGCAUAGGUAGCAGUAGAUUGGGAAAACUCACAAGCCUUUAGUUGUUACAGUUGUUUGAAAAGCCGUGAUAAAAGUCCGGUUUCCACCAUUUUUUCUUAAACAACUCGUUCCGUACUACCACCUGAUGAUUCCUGGGAAGCAGACAAACUGUCAGCAUCAUAUUCUUCGGUUAAAAAAAAAAACAAAUGCAACAGCUUUAUGUCAUUUCAAAACCUUUUGUGUAAGUACUGUGUUCAUCAAGGUAAAAAAACAAGAAAACCAAAAGACAAAAAUGAAAGAGGAAAUAUAGAAAGCAUCAAAUGAACUCUGCUAUAGGAAACCGCAAAAACGUACUCAAAACUAAUCACUAAAUCAUAUGUAUUUACAAAGUUAUCAACGAAUUCGUUAGGUUCUUUACGCUAAUUUUUGUCCAAUGUUAACAAAAAAUUUUCGAGGGUUUAAGUUUUCAAAAACAAAAAAAAACGUGCAGUAUUCACAACCCCCUUUUGUUUUGUUAGAGUUAGUCAAGCUCGAUACUGUCCAGCAUUAUUGGAAAACCAAUCAAUGUUUUAACUUAUAAAGAAACAAUGUUAACGACCUCCAUAUGGAGUGACAGUCGAUUGUUAGACGGUAUCCUUUACAUUUAUGUAAUCCUUAUACACUAACAGAAUGAUGGGUUUAGUUGUACGUUUUGAUUAAGUUUUUUUAACAAUAUAAUUUUGUCUAUCAAACACAUUAAAAUUUUAUGGCUUUAUUACCAUCACUCAACAUAUUUCCCCUUAAUUAAGGAAAAAUUAGGAAUUAUUAAAAAACAUAUACAGCAGUUUAUUCAAACAGAAACAGUUCCAAACGAGCAGUUGCGCUGGGAAACAACACAAAUUUAAUGCAGAAUAGUGAAAAACAGUAAGGCAUAAAGUUUAGAGAAUCCCAACCCCUAUAGAGGAGAAAUAAAGAAACAAAACAGAUACACACACGUUAGUUUAUUUGCAUAAAGGUUUUUCUUCAACGUCAGGAAGAAACAAAACUAUCAAAAACAAACGGAACAGCAACUAAAAUUGUUGUGCAGAAGAAAGAUCAAAUAAAGUGGAAGUACUAAAACACACAA